UGAAAAUGAACAAAGCAGACUUGGUAACUUAAUGAAAUCUAGUUUUGUGAGAAAAGAUUUCCUUCAGAUACUUAGAUCACUUCCCCAAAAAUUCCCUGUUCCAGAUUUUAGAUGUGGGGAUGAGAUAAAAAAAUUCUGCCUGGAGAAUUCAUGUCUAUUUUUCUGCACUGUAUCAAGUUCUGCUAAAUUGCAUGAAGUAAUGGUUAAAUGGGAAGUACUGGUUAUAGAUGAAGCUGCUCAGCUAAAGGAAUGUGAAUGAACCAUUCCUUUACAACUUCCUGGCCUCCACCAUGCUAUUCUCAUUGGAGACGAGCAGCAACUUCCUGCGAUGGUUAAAAGCAAGGUUUCUGAGAAAGCUGAAUUUGGGAGAAGUUUUCUACAGAGGCUGGUAUUGCUAGGACAAAAGAAAGAACUUCUUAAUGUCCGGCACAGGAUGCAUCCAUCCAUAAGCUUAUUUCCAAAUAGGGUGUUCUAUGAAAAUCAGAUUUUGGAUGGUCCCAAUGUCAAAGAAAGAAGGCAUGAGAAGCGUUUCCUUCAGGGAAAUAUGUUCGGCUCCUACUCUUUCAUUAAUGUAGCACAUGGAAAAGAGGAAUUUGAUAGCAGCCACAGUCUCAAAAAUAUGGUUGAGGUUGCUGUGGCGUCUGAGAUAGUUGCAAGUCUUUUCAAAGAAUCUGUUUUCACAAAGAAGAAAGUCAAAGUUGGUAUCAUCUCACCAUACAAGGCACAAGUCUAUGCAAUUGGAGAGAAGGUGAAAAACUACAGUGCUGACUUUAAAGAUGACUUUUCAAUUAGUGUUCACUCUGUUGAUGGGUUCUAGGGUGGUGAGGAGGAUGUGAUAAUUGUCUCUAUUGUCAGAUGUAAUAUGAAUGGAGUAGUUAGUUUUCUUAAAUAUCGUCAAAGAGCAAAUGUGGCACUAACCCGUGCAAGGCAUUGCCUUUGGAUAUUGGGAAAUGAAGCAACUUUAAUUAAAAGGUGCACUAUUUGGAAGGAUUUAGUCAUCGAUGCCAGGAAGCAGGGGUGUUUCUACAAUGCUGAUGAAGACAAAAGCUUGGCCCAGGCUAUUACAGUUGCAUUGGUUGAACAUAACCAAAUACACAUUUUACUCUACAUGGAUUCCUUUCUGUUCAAAAAGGCCAGAUGGAAGGUCUCUUUCAGCAAUGAUUUUUUGAAAUCCAUGUCGAAAGUUGAAAAUGCUGAGACUUGUAAAGAAGUGCUUACUUUAUUGGAAAAUCUUGCAAAUGGUUGGCGUCAACCUCUCGAAGUGAAAAAACUCUUUUACCAUCAUGGAACUUCUUCCCAAUUAUUAGAGCAAUACAAGGUCAAUGGGUUGCUAAAUCUUGUUUGGACGGUUGACAUACUUAAGGAGAAUUCAUAUUACUUUCAGAUUUUGAAGGUCUGGGACAUUUUGCCAUUAUCUGAAAUGCCAAGACUAGCAAAUUGUCUUGAUAUCUUAUUUGAGAAUUACACAGUGGAUAAGAUGAAUCGCUGCAAACACAAAAGUCUCAACAGGUCUUUGGUGGUUCCAAUGAGAUGGCCAAUAGGCUCAAAUAGUUGUACAGAAGCUGAUCCUAUGCAAUCACUAUCAGAACCGUUGGCUUCACUUAGUCUGAGGGAUGAUUGAGAAUCAUCAUCUACAACUUUUAGAAAUAAGUCAACUAUGGGGAGAAGUGAUGUCACGAAGUGGUUAAUAAAUUUUCCAGUUGACUAAUGAGGUCAUUGGGUUGGCAGUCAUGAUUCCUCAAACAAAGAUCAUAACCAUCACCAGCCAUGUUUCUUACAUAUUAUACAUGUCCUACCCAUCUUAACUACAUUCAAUGCACAUUUGUUCUUAUUUCUUAUUUUGUUUUCUUUUUCUAAAGUAUUGAAAAACUCUACUAUGGUUAGAGGAUUUAAACUAAGAAUAUAAUACUCUCUUGAGAAAGACUGCUGCCCAUCUGUCUGUAUUUGCAUGCAAUUUCAUGCAAAAAAGCAUUUUGAUCUUAUUUGCAUUAAGUGCUAUUGCAUCAUGAUCCUGCAUUAUUGCAAUUUCUUAGACU